CAGCAUCCUUUGGCUUUCCCAACAAGUGUGAGGAGCACGAUGAGCUCUAAGAAAUGUGACAUCAUGUGAGGAAUAUAGCAAAUUGGCAUAUGAGAAACGGGCAACUGCUUAGAGAGACUGAAAGAUUGUCAGGGUCAGCUCUGCAGAUUUUGAUCUUGAAGAAUCGAUCGAGGAAGGGUUUUUGGUUGAAAGAAAUAUUCUUAGUCUAAUCGGACGAUUGGACUCUGUGAAGAAAAAUCGAUCUCAUAGCAAGCAUGAAAGAAGCCAUGAUUUUCUCGGCGAGAAAGGGCACUUCAAAAAAGUGUUGUGGCGUCUCCGACGAUGCCCGCGGCGGCCUUUCUACGAUGGACCCCGACGAGCCUUUGCCUCUCUUACCCCUCGGGGACCCACCAACGACACUUUUGACUUUCUUGGACAGCGCUGCUGCGCCAGGUGCGGAGUCUCUGAAGAGCACCGUAGUAGCUGCUACAUCCGGAGUUUUGGCGUCGUCGAAGAAAGCGUCUGCGGUCUCGCAAGGGCGACUUUCAGCGUCUGCUUCGCGCGUACGCAGGAUGCUGCUGUCAGCAAGUAAGAAGAAGGAGGGGAGUAAGAUGCUAGGUGCGGAAAGUCCGAAACAGGGUGGACCAGUGGUAGUAGUCGACGCGCAAGAGGAUGACCAGAAAUCGGGAACGGCUGCUGACGCAGUUCAGGUUGGCGGCGCUUCUGUAGACGGUGACGCAAAAGGAGCGCUUGAUCGCACAUCGCCUAACGAGACGAGCAAUACGAGAUUAGGCGUACCAGAGCAAUGUGGGCCUUUCGGACCGUGUCAUGUAUGUAUGGUUUGUGAAAAAGUAAAAGAUCUCGCAUUCUUCAACACCUCAUAACGCGAUCGGGCCAAGUUCCAGUCAGUGUCUACUUAACUACUUACGUAAAUAUCACAGAUCCAUUCUUCACACAAAUCAUGCUGUUCCGCUCUCGAAGUAGGUCAGCACCAAUUACCUCGCUGCACAUUCAUCAC